UGCAGGACAAUGGGGUAGUUGUAGCCAGCGAUGGGCUGCCUUGAGGCAGGGGUCCUCCUCAUUGGUGCUGAUGGGCCUGCAGGACUCUCAGGGGUCUGAGCUGAGGGUGUUUUUAGGACUAGCAUGGGGCAGAAUCAAGAUAAGGUGGAGGAUGAACAGGCCAGCGGUGGAGAAGCGGAGGAGAGGGGGCCCUGCAUCGACCUGGAGGAUGCAAGUGGGGGCACGGGCGUUGCCAUGGAGGGAGGAACCCCCCGUGAGGAGGCCGGUAAUGCCGGGGAGGAUCCAGGGAAAGCAGCCGCUGAGAAUCUGGAUGAAGGCCCAGGCAGCGAGCCAACAACACCUUCGGCAGAGAAAAACCUUAGCACUCAGAAAAGGGUGAGUCCUUCCAUGGAGGGGGAGGUGAGAGAGGAAGGGGCUGGAGGAGAGGAGGGAGGCAGGACUGCUCUACUGACUCCACAGGAUCCGGACAAUAGCCAGAGCCCAGAGAGUCACACACAGAGUGAGGUGAAGGCCAGAAUACCCAGACAAUCCACCCAAAACGAGAGGGAUAAGGAGAAGAAGGAGGGUAAAACUGCCAAGAUGUACCGUCGAGAUGAGAGAACAGCUCCACAUCAGAAAAACCCGGAAGAAAACCUCUGCUCUGCUUUAGGGGAAGUUACUGGGCAGAUGUAUAAUCCAGCUGUGGAGAAAACUGAUGCCACUGUUUCAAUGGGUGAGGCCACCAUGGAAUACAAGAAGGAGGGUUCUGUAGAAGUUGGCAUGGGUGGGACUAAUACGGGAACUACUGAUGACGUCGAACAAGAGGGAGGAAGAAAGAAGUUGCCUGUUCAGAAAGACCAGGAAAUGAAAAAUGGAACCGUUGAGGAUGAAGACACCGAGUGCACUGAUGGAGCUGUAGUUGGUUUGAGAGAACUGAAGGGUCCCUGUAAGACUAAACAUCAAUCAUCAUUGAAAAAGGCCAAAGGGAAAAAGUGUCUGUCAGUUGUGGGUGGGACCUUGAACCAUGACCAUCCAACAGUGGGAAAGGUAAAGCCACAUGACAAUGAAAACAAGGGUGACAUUGAGAAAGAGAAUAAAGCGUCAGAGGCAGCAAGAUGUGACAUCGAGUCUGGCCGGAAUGAUAAUCACAAACAAAGUGAGCUGGACAAGGCAGGAUCCCCUACAGUUGACCCUCCCAAUCAAGGGGACAAAGAAGACCUGUCCAUGGUGCCUACAGUAGGGCCAAGCUCUAUUUUGGAGAAGCUACUGAAAAGAAACAAAAAUGAGGCGUCUCCAGAUCUCUCCAAAGUUAGAAAUGUGGUCUCUGUGUCAAGGGACCAAUCUGACGACCAUGACCAGCUGAAAACAUCUGAGACGAAGCCUCCUCCACAGGGUGUUGAGACAGUGGCGAUAUCAACACCAAUAUCAGCAGUGAAGGAAACAAAACCAAAACAUGUCGUCAUGAAAACAACACCAAAAUCAUCCGCUGAUGUUGCAAAGACCGCUCCAUCAGAUAAAAAUAUCCCUGAAUUACAGUGCGAUGUUGAGGAAGAAACCAUGUCGUCAUCAUCCUCUGUAUGUGCAACAGAGAGACCCCCUGGAGCAGAAGUUAACACCAAGCCCUGCCAUGAGGAGGAUCAUCCACAAAGUCUGACAAAGAGUGAGCAGGCAGGGAAAACUGCUCAGGACUCCACAGAUAUAAUCUGUCUACCAGCUUCACUUCUAGAGACUGAAUCUGUCUCUGACCGAGAAGCGAGGACAUCCUCACCAAUGGAUGAAGCUGACUGUCAAGAUUCAGAGCAGGAUUCAGCAACAACAGUUGCCUCGCACCAAAACGAGGAGAAGACGAUGGAAAAUAACCCCCCAGCUGAAACGCAGUCACCAGAGAGCUCACAGAGUCCACAUGUUGAGGGCAGGCCCUCCUCGAGGAGUGAUGUCAUCGCAGAAAAACCUGCAUCUUCCUCAGUGUCUGAGGUCAUCACUGAGUCUACAGAGUCUACAUCCUGCAACAAAGAGGAUGAUCAAACCACAGAGCCCCUGCCUUUGCACAAAAUGGAUGAAUCCCCCAGCACCAUCCCUGUCACUGAGAUUCCUCCAUCACAAACAGAAAAUAUCACUGCUGGGAAUACAACACCUAGCCUAUGCACCUCAGAGGCCUUGGAUGAUGAUUCUAUGGAGGAGGCUAAGACCAAUAAUGACCCUCGUCAAAUUACAGACAUCCCAGUUGUAGUGAUAGAGGCUACCCUUGCCUCGGUAGGAACUGGGAUGGCUCUAUCAGAAGAAAGCCAAUGGAGUAUGGAUGAGAAGCUUCAGUCUCAAAAUGAGACUUUAAAAACAGAGCCUCUGUCACAGCAAGUCACAGAGCGCACCACUGCAGUACAUUAUGAUGAAAAGUCUACCCAGGACAACGACGAAACUGCCUCAGAGUGUGACAAACACCAGGAUACUCCUAAAUCGAGGCCUGUUUCUGAACUCAUAAAGGAGAACAUUCUACUACAAGAAAAGCUGAAGCAUCCAGAUUUGACAAAGCCAUUGGAAGCAAAGCCUGAUUGGGUUUCGGAGCAAGCCCAGUCUGUGAAGGUGGCUCAAAUGUUGGCGGCUUUUGACUUCCCCAAGAAGUCCCCAGAGAAGGCACUGGAGAGGAAACCAUCUGUGAGAAAAGUCAAAGAUGUCCCAGCCUCAGCUAGCUCGCAGCAUAUCUGCAAACUGCCAAUAUCUGUAGCCAUGGCCCUGCAUUGA